UGCAUAUCCUAAUAAUCACAAUCACAAUAAUAAAUUAAAUUAAGAUGAGGAAGAAGAAUCCUCCUCCUCACCGUCAUCUUCUUCUUCAUCUUCUUCUUCUUCUUCCUCCUUCCACCAUUACACCCACCCUCAAAACCUAAAAAUGGUAAAGGGCAAGGAAACCCAAAAUCUCCACAUUCUAAUGUUCCCAUGGUUUGCAACUGGCCACAUUACUCCAUUCCUCCACAUCUCCAACCACCUCGCUUCCAAAAACCAUCGAAUCACUUUCCUUUUACCCAAUAACCCUUCCUCCCUUUUCUCUUCUCUCAAUCUCUACCCUGAUCUCAUCUCCUUCCAUUUCUUAUCUCUUCCCUCCGUCCCCGGCCUCCCUCCCUCCGCCCAUUCCGCCUCCGAUAUCCCUCUCUCUCUCACUCCUCUUCUUGCCUCUGCCUUGGAUCUCACUCGUCCUCAGGUCGAUCGCAUUAUCCACUCCCUCCGUCCCGAUUUCGUCUUCUUCGAUUUUGCCCAUUGGAUACCCGAUAUCACCGCUCCCUUGCAAAUCAGAUCCAUUUGUUUUACUGUUGUCAGUGCCGCUUCUGUUGCUGUUACUGUGUUCCCUGGUCGAAGGGUGAGCCUUGAUCACCCCUUGACGGACGAGGAUUUCCGAGAGCCGCCGGUUGGGUACCCUUCUUCCACCGUUGUUUUUCAUGGCUCUCGUGAAUCUCGCUCCCUCCUCUUCUUGUCCAUGCCUUUUGGCCAAGGCAUAACCUUUCAUGAGCGAUUUAUGACGUCUUACAAAAAAAGUGAUGCCAUAGCUAUGAGAACAUGCCAAGAAAUCGAAGGGGAUUUCUGUGACUUCUUAUCAAACCAAUUCCAAAAGAAGAUUUUAUUAACAGGACCACUAAUGGCAGCGCCUUCGUCAAAGAUCAAAGCAACCACUUUAGACAAGGAGUGGGAGAAAUGGCUAGGCCAAUUCCAACAAAAAACAGUGAUCUUUUGUGCAUUUGGAAGCCAAGUGAUCCUAGAAAAACAACAACUAGAAGAACUUGUAUUGGGAAUUGAACAAACAGGGCUACCAUUUUUGGUAGCUCUAAAGCCUCCAAUGGGGUAUGAUUCAAUGGAAGAGGCAUUGCCAAAGGGUUUUGAAGAAAGGGUUAAAGAAAGAGGUAUUGUUUAUGGAGGUUGGGUUCAACAACCAUUGAUUCUAAAUCAUUCAUCAAUUGGUUGUUUCGUGAGCCAUUGUGGGUUUGGUUCAAUGUGGGAAUCAUUAAUGAGCGAUGCUCAAAUUGUAUUGAUUCCAACACUUGGGGACCAAAUAUUGAACACUAGGCUUUUGGCUCAAGAACUCAAGGUGGGAGUGGAAGUCAAGAGGGAAGAAGAUGGAAGUUUUACAAGGCAAAGUGUGAGACAGGCCAUUGAAUUAGUAAUGGUGGAUGAUAAGAAUAAUAAUAGAAGUGGGGUUGGUGAAAUAGUUAAGAAAAACCAUGCAAAAUGGAAGGACUUAUUGACAAAACCAGGUUUCUUGGAAACUUAUAUUGACAAUUUUGUUAAGAAAUUGCAAGAGCCUUGGAGCAGCUAGGUUUAAGUAACAUGCAUAUAUAUUAAACGGGUUUAAGAAGUCAGAGUUUAUCGACACGUCCUAAUUUGAAUAUUCAAGUAAAGAGAGAAUGAAAAUAAGAAUAAGAAUAAAAGUUUUAGAUUUUAAGAAGCUCUCAUUUGAUGAUAAGUUUGUGUUUUCUUUUGUAUUCUUUGUUUU